AUGUUUGAUAGCGAGUCAUUUUCCGAGCGUAAGCCCAAUGCGUUCGGUGAGGAGUCAUCGGACGGUCUCCUUGACUCCGACAGUGAAGCAGCAGGCCCCGAUGCCGGGGACGGAAGUGAUACCGAUGUUGAGAUACUCGGUGAAGGGCCCAGCUCCGUUCCUACACACGGCAUCGGGAAUGGGCUAAUGACUGCGCCGGUACCGUUGGCUAUUGUCUAUAGCGACGGUCGCCACGUUGGUCAAGGCAUGCCUGGGGAGGCGAGUGCUAGUUGCCAGUCAGAGGCCUCCACUUCCGGCCGUGGAGAGUCAGCUGCCAAACCAUCUCAUCGUCCGAGGGUUUCGGUAGUCUAUCCCAGUAAUCCUAGGGUGCCGAUGGGAGUUCCGAAGGAGCUCAUUUUCGGCGUAGAUUACUUGGAGCCCACAGGAUUACCGAGAAGGAGAUCGCGAAAUUCCGUGCCGAGUAUUUCAUAUCAGAUUCGGUAG